ACGGUUGUUAUGUAAAAGCUGCGGCGGAUGAUUCUAGAAACCCGUUCAGAAAUCGCUUUUAGAACCAAAUUUCCCUUUCACUCCGAAUCCCUGUGUUCACAAUUAUCAUAAAUCUCAGUUUUAAUCCGGUUUAAAACACAAGCUAUGCAUAAUAAAGCGCACUAACGCCGUUCUGGCAGUGUUUUUGCUUGACUAGCAUUAACGUGACUAGCCUCAGCUCCUGAUUGGCUCGCGUUCGUGUCAAUCAGAGGAGAGUGGGGGAUGCUGGAACGCUAUUGGCUGAAAUUGCGGCGUAAAGAAAAUGCUGAUGCUUGAUUGGAAGACAGAAUCGGAUGGGACCGCCCUCUGGGCGUUGUUUGCACUCAUUUGCUGGUGAUUCGUCAAAUUAUGCUCCGCCUCAUGAUUUGAUUGGUCUACCGUGUUGUCGGUCAGCUUUUCUUACGCGGUGAUUGGACGCUGCAUGCUGGAGUGGGCGGGGCGUCAUUUUUCUUUCUGUUUUUUUUUUUGUGUUUUAGGGAAAUCGAUUUCCUUGUGUGAAAGAGUGAGCUGCGGUGUGAACGUUACGGACAUUAUGGAGCAUUAUAAAUAGCGGAUUAUUCGAUUAAUCAUAAUAAUUCGGAUUCAUUCUGGACCCUAUAUGGAUUAAUCUGAUGUUUAGAGGUCGGACCGGGACUCUCAGGGCUGUAGAUAGUAGCUAGUGUGUGUGUAAGUGUGUGUAUGAGUGUGUGUUGUGUCUGAUGUGUGUGUAUUAGAGCAGAUAGCAGCUCAUCACCUGGAUAUUAAUCACCUGAAACACCUGGUCUCAUCAGUGGACAUGACCGCCGACCUGCUGUCUGAUCUGGACAGUCGAUUCUUCGCCGAUAAUCUGCUCACGAGCGAAGACUGGGAUGCCUGUCUGUAUCAGUGUGAGAGUAUGGAGGAGGGUGAGGAGGGGGACUUCAGCAGGGGGCUGAAAUACGACACAUCGCUGGAUACUGACCUGGUGUUGACCCUUGACCCUGACAACCCCACGUCACCAUGGAAACACCUGGAAGACAACCUGCUCUCAGGUAACAUGCCCAUGAUAAAAGAUGAAAUGACGAUAACACAGCCGCUCCCAGUGGACAUGUUGUUUCAGGUGAAGGCGGAGCCUCCAUCACCGUCCUCCUCUCCAUCCUCAGAGAGCUCCAUGUCCUCCUUACCUGAACCCCAGGUUCUGGUGAAAGGUGAGAAUCCCCCCACGCCUCCAUAUAUGUAUGGAGACGUUCUGUCGCCCCCUCUGGCCACUAUGGAGGUUACAGUGGCCACUACAGUCCCUCCUCAGCCUCAGACAGCGGUGCUACCUGCACCUACAGUGAUCUCGUCGGCGGCUACGCUAAAGGCUAGCUCUAUCCUCAGCACUAAGCCGUUGCUGCAGCCGCGGCCGGUGUGUGUAGCCACCGUUCCUCAGUCCUCCAGUCCGGCUAAAGCUCUGAUCCUGCAGAGCCUCCCAGUAUCCGUCCCCAGUAUCGACCAGAGCCGCGCCCCCGUGGUUCUGUCUCAGUCGGUGUGUUUGGGUUCUGCUCCUGCUAUCGUUAAAAUGGAACCAGUAUCUCCCAGCAUCAGCCACUGCAGCAGCCCCACGGCCCCGCCCACCACCACCAACACCAAGCCCAUCAUCCCAGCAUCCUCUCUGCCCGGCAGCAACUGCAACGACAUCGACAUGAAGGUUCUGAAGCGGCAGCAGCGGAUGAUAAAGAACCGGGAGUCGGCGUGUCAGAGCCGGAAGAAGAAGAAGGAGUACCUGCAGAACCUGGAGACCCAACUCAGAGAAGCUCAGCAGGAGAACGAGAGACUCCGCCGAGAGAACCAGCAGCUCCGCCUACGACUCGCCGGGAAAGAGGGUGGUGAAUCUGGUAAUAAUAAGAGAGCGGUGUGUGUGAUGGUGGUCCUGCUCUUCAUCACCUUCAGCUUCGCUCCAGUCAGCAUCACAGACAGGAAGCUGGACUCAGUGCUGGAAGAAGGGGCGGGGCCUCACACAGGAAGACACCUGCUGGUGUAUGAGAAGAGUCCGGAGCCGGGGCGGGGCGGGGCGAGCGAGGGAGUGAUGGAGGAGAGGAUAGAGAGUGAGGAGGAGGGAGGAGAGGAGAGGUGGAGGGGAGCAGAGAUGGAGAGAGAGAGCGCAGAAACCUUUCACUUCAGGAAUGUGAGCAGUGUGUUCAGUGAGGUGAAAGAUCUGGUCCUGCAGGACAUCGACCGGCUCUUCUCCUCCUCAGACUGCAGACAGUUCAACCGCUCAGAGUCCCUCAGGCUGGCUGAUGAGCUACGUGGCUGGGUGCAUCGUCAUCAGAUCGACAGGAAGAAGUCUGGUGGUGGUGGGAAGGCGAAGAUCGCUCAGAAAGCAAAAAUAGCUCAGCAGAAAGCACAGCACAAAAAGACUAACUUCUCCAGGUAUCUCCCCAUCGAGGCUCACCGUUCCAUCGAGAGUCAGCUGCAGCUGUUGCCCGGACCGGAGGUCAGCUACAGCGACUUCCUGGACGCGAUCGACCGGAGAGAGGACACGUUUUACGUGGUGUCCUUCAGACGGGAUCAUCUGCUGCUUCCUGCUAUAAGCCACAAUAAAACCACACGGCCCAAGAUGUCCCUCGUCAUGCCAGCGAUGGCCGUCAACGAGUCGGUGUAUAACUCGUCUCAGGGAGGGUAUGAGCUGAUGAUGCAGGUGGAUUGUGAGGUGAUGGACACCAGAAUCAUCCCUAUUAAAUCCUCCGCGGUCCCGCCCUCCCUCAGAGAUCCGCCCCCGGCCCGUCCCUCUCAUCAUCACCAUGCCAACCACACACGGCAACACCACGCCACGCCGUCGUCACGCCAACCGCUUCCUGUGCGGAGGAGGGGGGCGGAGUUUCUGAUCAGCCAAUCAGGGUCAGACUGAGGUCCAAGAAGCAGAGGAAGUGGGAAAAGAGAAACACCACUAGAGGGCGACAGAGAGAGAGAGAGUGAACAAGAGACAGAAAGAGAGGAAGUGAGGGAUGAUGGGAUGGAGGUCUGGAGGAGUGGAGGAAUGAUUAGGACCCAAUAUUGGAAGAACAGAGAGAAACUCUCAGAACAUCAAAAAAUAUCCUAAACAUAAAAGCUCAGAAAUCUAAACGAUAUUUAAUUUAUCGGAAAGUCACAUGACAGAGCUCUUACACUGCACGCGCGCGUGUGUGCGUGUGUGUUAACGAGCAGUGCUGGACACACACCACACACACACACGAUCACUGCGAGAGUGUGUAUUCUCUGUAUAUUUGUAAUAAUAUUUUUUUUAUUUCUUUAAUUUUAUUUCUUUAACUUUUAUUUUUUGUAUAUUUUGUUUAGUUUUGUUUGUUUUUGUCUGUUGGUUUCAUUUUUGUUGGUUUUAGUUGAUGCUAAUCAUCCCCUAUUUUUGCUUUUGUUUGUUUUUGAUGUUUUUGUUUUUUUUGUUUUUUGUGGGUUUUAUUGUUUAUUUUUGUUUAAUAUGUUUAGUUUUUCUCAUUUUUAUCUGUUUUAUGUUUAUUUUCUUUUAGCUUUUCUUGUUUUUUUGUCUGUUUGUCUUUUGUGUUUAUUUUUGUUUAGGAUUUUCUUGGUUUUUGUCAGGUUUGUGUUUUAUUUUUGUUUAGUUUUUUAUGUUUUUUUGUUUAUUUUCGUUACGUUUUUUUGGUUUUAGACAGCGCAGAUUUUUUUCUUGUUUUAGUUUUAAUUUGUUACAGGUUUGAUGCUAGUCAUCAUUCUUGCAUUUUGUUUGUUUGUUUGUUUUUGUUUUUUUAUAUCCAGAGUCCUACUGCGGUUAUUUAAUGAAGUCAGGAUGAUAAUUAGAUGUAAAUAUCAGAGUUACUGUGUGAAAACUUUAAUCAUUCUAAUGUUAAAUAUAGGUUUGGUUUUUUUUAUAUGUAAUAUGUAUAUAUACACAUACAUACACACAGUCUGAAUUACUAUAGGGAUGGACAGAAUAACAGAAACACUGCGUAAAAUGCUCUCACUUGGCAGGUGUUUCUCAGCCAGUAAGUUCUUUAGAUGUUCUUCUUUUAGAGCUGGACUUUAGGUUUACAUUCCUUUAAAAUAGUGUUUCUUUGUAGAAAUGCACUAAAAAGAAAAAUUUGUUCAAAACAGAACAAAAUGAAACAUUUGGUAGAUUUUCAUACAUUUUGCCUCUUUCUUCACAGUUGAAUUAAUUAAAUAGUCUAAAGGCAUUUCAUGUUGCCUUUCCAGUCGACAAGCCAACACAGCACAGUACAUUUACUUCAGGAGUGCUAUUCUAAUCUCGCAUUUACCUCAGUAGUGCUGCUUAAAUCACAUGUGAAACUUACAUGCGAUGAAAAAUUAAUCUAAGCUAAUGCUACUAUCCCAGUCCUGUACAGUUUACCACAGAAUUAUAAAUGAACUUAAACAUGCCGUUUCUCUGCAUCAUGAUUUAUAAAAAAACUGAUCAGUUAAAACCUAAACACCUAGCGCCACCUAGUGAAGAUAUUCUGUAGCAUUUUGCUUCAGUAGAUACUGGUAGCAUUCUUAUUAUUAGUGUGUGUGUGUGUGUGUGUGUGUGAGAGAGAGGAGUGUGAAUGAACUGGGCACAAUCUAUAACUGCGAUAUGUUAAUUUGUGUUGUAUAUAAUACUGAUUUGUAAUAUUGCCUGUUUUGAGUCGCUGUAUUUGUAAUAUCGACGAAUGAUCAGAACCGGUCUGAUCCGCGCUAGUCCUGCAGUCCAGAUUAGAUUUAGACGUUUUGUUUACUGUCCUAGUUAAUAUAUUCCGUAAAUAUAUCUUUAUCAGAAGGAUGUCAUUUAUGUAUAAUAAUAAUACAGUCAUUAUAAAACUAAAAUAAUUAAUGAAAAUUUGAUUUUUUUUAUACUUUUGUUUUAUUUUUUGUUUGUUAUAUUUUUUAUUAAUAUUUGGGAUCUAAGACCCCGUUUACACCUGCUCACUUAAAAUAUCCUGUGUAUCAGGAUUAUAUCAAACCACUUCAUCAGAUGGUCUGAGACGCAUUUAAACCAGAUUCAAAUCCGAUUGCUUAAACUACUUCAGGAGGUGGUCUGAGACACAUUUAAACCAGAUUUAAAUCUGGUUGCUUAAACUACUUUUUUAGAAGGUGGUCUGAGACAGUCACUCAAACUACUUCAGGAGGUGGUCUGAGACACAUUUAAACCAGAUUUAAAUCCGAUUGUUAAACUACUUCAGGAGAUGGUCUGAGACAGUUAAUAACAGAUUAAACCCUGAUCACUCAGUUGAGUUAAAUCUGGGCUCAUUCUUCUGAUAUUGUAUGUUUUUCUGCAGCUCCUGGUUUUGUUGUGAUGAAUCUGAAAGCAUGUGUUGAGUUAAUGCUGGUUGAGGGAUUGAUGCUGUAAAUAUGUUAAAUAUUCUUUUUGCCUUUUUAAAAGCUGUUUUUUAUAUUUAACUGAGGAACUCGUUCUGAUUGGUCUCCUCGCACGGCUGCGUGAGAUUCCUGAACCACUGUCUGUUUUUUAUUUGUAGAGGAGAAAAGAGAAUUUGAUAAAUAAAGAGAUGAUCUGAGGAAA